AUGACCCAAACCACCAGUACGAGUGAAUUUGGGUACAUCAUGACCCAGACCACCAGUACUAGUGAAGGUGGGUACAUCAUGACCCAGACCACCAGUACUAGUGAAGGUGGGUACAUCAUGACCCAGACCACCAGUACUAGUGAAGGUGGGUACAUCAUGACCCAGACCACCAGUACUAGUGAAGGUGGGUACAUCAUGACCCAGACCGCCAGUACUAGUGAAGGCAGUCACGACCUGUAUGAUUUAUACAACGACCACAACAUCGACCUAAGCAACGACCACAACAUCGACCUAAGCAACUAUCUCAACAUCGAUCUAAGCAAUGACCACAACAUCGACCUUAGCAACGACCACAACAUCGACCAAAACAACGACCACAACAUCGACCUAAAUAAUGAUCACAACAUUGACCUAAAUAUCGACCACAACUUCGAUCUAAGCAACGAUCACAACAUCGACCUAAACAAUGACCACAACAUCGACCUUAGUAACGACCACAACAUCGACCAAAACCACGACCACAACAUCGACCAAAACAACGACUACAACAUCGACCUAAAUAACGAACACAACAUCGACCUAAAUAACAACUACAACUUCGACCUAAAGAACGACCAUAACUUCGACCUAAAUAACAAACACAACUUCGACCUUAACAACGACCACAACAUGGACUUUUAA